AUGACAACAUCCCAAAAACACCGCAGUUUUGUUUCAGAACCCAUUUCUGAAAAGGUUGUAGAAGAGUUACCAGGAAUCGGUGAAAAACUUGGAGAAAGACUCAAAGCUAAAGGGUAUGACAAAGCGUAUGUCGUCCUGGGACAGUUUCUUCUUUUGAGGUGCGAAGAAGAGUUAUUCAAGGAAUGGCUUUCACAAACAUGUGGUGCUAAUUCAAAACAGUCCGGAGAUUGUUACACUGCCCUUAAAGACUGGUGUAGUUGUUUCAUUUUCUAA